AUUGGGGUAAUUUUGACCUUUGACAAUUUUAUUGAAGUUUUUACUUAGUGAAGGACAUAAAAACCCCGAUUUUAUUAUUUCUACAAACCAGAACACAUCAAAAAUGGGGAUAGGAAGCAAAAUGAAGCUGGAUCUAGGAUUACUUUUCAUCCUCUUCUCAUUUGCCUUUUUCUCCUCCCUUGUUUCUUCCGAUCUCAUUCUUUCCAAGGUUGACCGUCGAAUUGAUUUGACAUCUCACAUUGUGCGCAUUACCUCCACUCUUAAGGUGGAGAAUGAUGGAAAUGAUGAAGUUUCAGAAUUGGUGAUUACCUUUCCAGAUCAGCAAGCAAAACAUUUGGCCUUGGUGUCAGCUUAUCAUAAUGAAGGCAGAGGGAAGACCAAAAGUCGUGGGGCUAGUCUCCCUGUUAAGCCUUUCCAAUCUGUGGAGAUGCCUCAAUCUUUAACAUCCUAUUCUGUAUCUCUACCCAAGAAGCUAUCAAAGGGAGAAGGCUUAAAUUUGGAGGUUUUAGCUGUUUUUGCUCAAAUCUUGAAACCAUUCCCAGAGCAAGUUUCUCAAGGUGAUUUUCAGCUUGUUGUAUUCCAAGAUAGUGCAUAUAUUUUGUCCCCAUAUGCAGUUAAGGUCCAGACUCUAAGUGUUAAACUGCCUGACGCAAGAAUUGAAUCUUACACAAAACUAGAAAAUAGCAAAGCUCAAGGUUCCGAGAUUAAGUAUGGACCAUAUGAGAACAAAUCUCCAUUCUCAUAUUCCCCAAUUGUUGUUCAUUAUGAAUAUAACAAGCCAUACACAGUUGCUCAGAAACUAGUGCGUGAGAUAGAAAUUUCACACUGGGGCAAUGUACAGAUUACUGAACAUUAUAAUCUUGUCCAUGGAGGUGCCAUUCUCAAGGGUGAAUUUUCUAGACUUGAUUAUCAGAUGAGCCCACAUACAAAAGGUGCAUCUGCGUUUGGAUGGCUGGUGGCUAAAUUACCACCAAGAACACAUUCAAUCUACUAUCGAGAUGAAAUUGGAAAUAUCUCCACUUCUAAUUUGUGGGGUAAUUCGAUAAAGACUGAGCUAGCAAUAGAACCAAGGUUUCCGUUGUUUGGUGGCUGGAAAACAUUCUUUACCUUUGGAUAUGGCUUGCCACUGAUGGAAUACUUAUUUGAGGCCGAAGGGAAACGUUUUGUCAACAUUUCUUUUGGAAGCCCUAUAGAUGAGCUGGUUGUUAAUGAGCUAAUAGUUAAGGUUGUUUUGCCAGAGGGCUCAACAGACUUGUCUGUUUCUGUUCCAUUUGAAGUAGAACAAUGGCAAGAGACUAAAGUAAGUCAUCUGGAUAUUAGUGGCCGACCAGUAAUAGUUCUGCGGAAGGUGAAUGCAGUUCCAGAGCAUAAUCAAAAUUUUCAGGUCUACUACAAGUUCAACUGUUUGUCCUUGCUCAGGGAACCUUUGAUGUUGAUUUUGGGAUUUUUCUCCCUUUUUGUUGCUUGUAUUGCGUACUCUCAUGCUGAUUUUUCUAUUUCCAAGUCCUCUACGUCUUAUUUGGCGAAAUUGCAGUGGGAUGAGGUGCAAACUACAAUCCAACAGCUAGAGAAUAUUAUCAAUCGAUGUUUGACAAUCCAUGAUAAGCUGGAGGCAUCACUGCGCGAGCUGUCAAGAACCGGAAAUGUUCAAGCUUGUAAAACUGCUCGCAAAACCUCUGAUAGUUUGCUCAAAGAGUUUUCAAAGGAGUUAAAGCCCUUGCUUAUAUCCUUGCAGUCAUCUCCGCAAGGGGCGCAAAUCUUUCCCAAGGCGGAAGAACUUGUUACGAAAGAGCGAGAAUUGCAAGAGAGGUUAAUUUCCAAGCAUUCAAUUGUGGUAGACUCUUACGAAAAGAAGUUGAGUGGUCGGGACACUGAGAAUCGGGUUGCUCCCCACCAGCAAAAAAUAACAGCCUUGAGAAAGGAAGUUGAUGAUCUUUUAGAGUAUCUAGAUGAAAUUUGAGUAGGUUUUUUUCAUAGGUUUUGGCCAUGCAACUGAUUAGUUUUUUGGUACACUGCAGACAUUAGACAUUGGCUUUGGCUCUAUUGGGUUGCUGUUUUCUAUCCAAUUUUGUACCACAAUGAAUAUGAUGUAGUAAGACUACCAUUAUACAAAAGGUUUUUCUAGACAGUGACA